UCGGAAGGGGGAGGAGGGAGGGAGGAAAAGAGGAGGAGGCGGUGGAGAUCUGAGCUGAGCCGAGCAUCGAGCCAAAGGGGAGAUGAGUUUGUCUGUCCUCGGCUGAGGCUCCGGCCGGGCCUAGGGAACGGGGAGCUCGGGUUGGAGCGACACCCGUGGAAGUGGGAGGAGGUGGCUCUGGGACUUUAACCCCUUGUGGGCUCUGCGGCAGGGGAUUUAACCCUUUGUGGAUUCGACCCCUCGGAGGCAGCGUCAUCGGGUAGUUUUAACCCCUUCGGGGCCGGGUUUAACCCGUUGGACUUCACCUCGUCUCCUUGCCCACCAACUCCUCGAUCGCGGGGGCGCUCUGCGGGGCAGGUUUGACGUCCACCCCCUUUGCACAUUACGUACUGUUACUGCUGCUGCACCCCUUUGGACCCGCUAGCUGGCCGCGCUGUGGGCACUUAACCCUUUAUUGACUUGAGCUCUCCCAAGUUGCAAUAGGAGUUUGUUGACAGAAGGACUGGCUAAAGGCGUCACUGCACGAAUUACAGACCGAAGAGGAUUCUGCUGGACAUUUUUUAAAAGAAAAGAAAAACCUCUUUUUUUCCUUUAAGGACUAACAGCCAACAUUUUUCAAACUUCGAGAAGACUCUAUUAGCUAUGGCCGAGCCACUCUUGUCAGAAUACCAGCACCAGCCUCAAACUAGCAACUGUACAGGUGCUGUUGCUAUUCUUGAAGAACAGAACCCCGAUCGCCCCCCAGGCGCAGAGGAGCGGGUGCCCGAGGAGGACAGUAGGUGGCAAUCGAGAGCGUCCCCCCAGUCGGGUGGCCGUCCGGGGCAGGAGGGGGAAGGGAGCUUGGAGCCCCAGCCGCCUCCCCUGCAGACCCCGGUCCGUCCAGAACCCAACUGCCCGGAAGCAAGCGAGAAGGGCCAGAAUAGGGAUGACUUGUCCGCUGGCGGAGCCCCCCAGCCGGCAGUUGGGGGAGAACCGAGGCCUGAGGCCGAGCCGCUCGCACAGCCGUGUCAUGACUCCGAGGCCAACAAGUUGGGGGCUCCUGCUGCAGGGGGCGAGGAGGCGUGGGGACAGCAGCAGAGGCAGCUGGGCAAGAAAAAGCACAGGAGACGCCCCUCCAAGAAGAAGCGGCAUUGGAAACCGUACUACAAGUUGACCUGGGAGGAGAAGAAAAAGUUCGACGAGAAACAGAGCCUGCGAGCUUCAAGGAUUCGAGCUGAGAUGUUCGCCAAGGGCCAGCCUGUCGCCCCCUACAACACCACGCAGUUCCUCAUGGAUGAUCACGACCAGGAGGAGCCGGAUCUCAAAACCGGCCUCUAUCCCAAGCGGGCCGCUGCCAAAUCCGACGACACCAGCGACGAGGACUUUAUGGAAGAAGCGGGCGAGGAGGACGGGGGCAGCGACGGGAUGGGAGGAGACGGCAGCGAGUUUCUGCAGCGGGACUUCUCGGAGACGUACGAGCGGUACCACGCGGAGAGUCUGCAGAACAUGAGCAAGCAGGAGCUCAUCAAGGAGUACCUGGAGCUGGAGAAGUGCCUCUCGCGCAUGGAGGACGAGAAUAACCGGCUGCGGCUGGAAAGCAAGCGGCUGGGCAGCGACGACGCGCGUGUGCGGGAGCUGGAGCUGGAGCUGGACCGGCUGCGAGCCGAGAACCACCAGCUGCUGACGGAGAACGAACUGCACCGGCAGCAGGAGCGAGCGCCUCUGUCCAAGUUUGGCGACUAGACUGAAACUUUUGGGGGGGAGGGGGCACAGGGGACUUUUUACAGUGCUGGAAUGUAACAUUAUACACAUGUGUAUAUAAGACAGUGGACCUUUUUAUGACACAUAAUCAGAAGAGAAAAUCCCCCCGGCUUUGGUUGGUUUGGUAAAUUUAGCUAUGAUGUAGCUUGCGUGCUUUUCUCCUGUUUAAUUAUGUGAAACUGAAGGGUUGCUUUUCUUGUUUUCCUUUUUAGGUUUUUUUUUCAUGUGUAAGUAACUUGACCAAAUUAUAAUGCAUUUUUUUCUGUUAAAAAUCCCCUCCUUGAACGGAGCUAUAAGGUGGCCAAAUCUGAAAAACAUUAAAUUCAUUCUAGUUAUAAUAAAUUUAAUAUUUGUAAAUGUAACAUAGUUUCAGUGUGAUUUCUAGAGCAAACUCAAAAUAGUGAUUUAUUUUAAGUGACUGCAUUGUGGGGGGGAGGGUAAAGAAAUCAUUAGUUUGCAGAAAACAAUCUUUAAUGGGACAGUUUUCAAUUUACUGAUUUUUCCCUUGAGUGGGUUUUAGUGUGCUACCAAAUAACAGUUCAGGCAAAAUAUAAAGAUUUAAUUACCUUCAAUACUUAAGUGUGCUUGCUUUCUAGUGCCUUGGUUUCUCUUUUUCGAUGCUAGAAAAAUAAUCCACUGUUGGGUGUUUGGGGAACAGAAAAUGGCUAUAAUCAGAAGCUUAAAAUUUAAUUCUGCUUCUCAACAGCCAACCUAAUUUGGUAGUUUGUUUAGGUUAAGACAGAUGAUAGUCUCAUUUCAUUCCUCCAAAUAGGUUUUUAGUAGUCCCUUCCCCUUCCUAGUCUGGCUUGGAGAAGUUCCUGGAUGUCUGAAAGAGGCUCUUGGUAAACCCCUUGCUUUUUUAGGGCAAGCAAUGGUUGGAUAAACUUGUGUGGCAGCUCUUUGUUGAGAUGUUUAGAGGUAGGGAAUAUUGGAUUUAUAGUGGAAAUGGCUGUUUGGGGCAUUCCAAGGACUUACCCUAAUUAUCUAAUACUUAGGUGCUCCCUAUACUAAAAAAAGGAACAGGAGCUGUCCACCUUUUCAUGAGGGUGAAGCCAAAAUUAGAAAUGCCCCCUCACUGUAAACGAAAUGUAAAGCUUCUGGUUGAGGAGGUAAAUUAAGUCCUUAUGGGCCGAGUGGGAACCCUGCACAUUCCUUGUGCAGUCGCUAUUCUGUCUCCUAAUAGCUGCUUAGGUUCUUGAGUAGUUCUGUUCUUGAAAAUGCAGGGAGGCGCUCAGAGUUAAUUUCUGCUUCCAAAUCAAAAUAGUAAGAAAUGGUGAUUGUUGGCAGUCUCUUUUGCUAUCCUGGCCGCCAUUCCCUUGCACUGUAUUCAGUAAACUUCUAUCUCCUUAAAAACAACAAAGAAAUUAUAAUUGUUCCUUCCUGUCGUCAUGGUUGAUCCAGCCCGUCUCCACCUUCCCUGUGUCAGCGUUUCCCUAGAGCAAAUGCAUUGCUCAAAUCAUUAGCCCAGGGGUUCUUAACUUGGGGCCUUGAGGGGCCCAUGGGGGGCACUGGGAUACACAAACCCCAUGAGAUCCUAGGUAGAGUUGUGCCAUAUGUACACUUUUCUGGGGAGACAUUCAAGAGAAUCAGGAGAUUGUCAAACUCCCUUGAAGGUUAAGAACCUCUGCAGGGAAAGCUUGCUUUUGUAGCUAAAUGGAACGGUGGAGGUGGCAGGAACUUCCAAGAGUGAAACGCACCUUCUGAUGCAUAAGCAUUCACAAAUCAGUGGAUCAAGGGAAAUUAUGCUGGCCAAGAACUGACUCAGGGCCUUCAAAGCUGGACUAAACUGGCCCUAUUCAGGCAGAUGGUCCACCGAAGACAAUGUAUGUUCAGUUUUUCCUUUGGCCUGAAAUUACAUUAAAGGUCUAUUUUGAAACAG